GGCAGACAGUUGUUAGUCAUCUGUAUUUUAGCCGAACAACUUUGUAAACAACUAAACAAGCAGUUGAAGUCACACAGAAGCGGUCAAUUUACACAGGAGAAAUAGAGACUUUUCCUAUUCAGCGCACUGAAAAGGGAAAUCAACAUGAGGGUGGACAGGAGGGUUGAUAUACCAGUUUAUGACAUCUCACUGCUCAGGAACAUUUGGGAAGGCAGAGAGAAAAAAUACAAAAACAAGCAGAAGAAGGAACACGAGCGAGUACAGAAAAGCGCUCUGACCAAGAUCGAUCAGCAAUGGCAGUAUCGCAUAGCAUGCAAGAAAUUGAAAUCCAACGAGGUGGAAGUGCUCCAACACUACCUGACGAGAACAGCUCUGAAUGAAAUUCAGCUCCACCAGGAUAUACCAAACACAGAUGCAAAUCCCAUAAUUGAUGGCAUCAAAUACAUUUUUGAACUGGAUGGUGAUAAAUGGAUGGAUCUUCCUGAUAAUCUUCUUGAUAUGACAUACCUUCGAGAAUGGCACAUAAGAAGAACUAAAAUCUGCAAAUUACCAGAGUGGAUUGUGCAGUUUCCGGACCUCUGCGUAUUGGAUAUACCCCAAAACGGAAUUGGCAAGCUGCCUGUUGAAAUAGGUCAAUUAACAAAGCUGAGGGUGCUGAAAGUUAAUUACAAUAGGCUGUCCAGUAUUCCUCCAGAACUUGGUGAAUGUGAGAAUCUGGAGAGAUUGGAGCUAACUGGAAAUKAUCUUGAACAGUUGCCUUUUGAGUUAAGCAAUCUCAAGAAAGUCACACAUCUGGAUAUAGCAGAAAACCAAUUCGCCAGCAUACCCAUCUGUGCUCUUCGAAUGACAAGCCUACAAUUGUUGGAUAUGAGUAUCAACAUGUUGACGGAUUUGCCUGAGGAUAUGGACAGGUUGGAAGAAUUGGAAUCCUUGUUUGUUCAUAAGAAUAACAUGUCAUAUUUGCCAAAGUGUUUGGUAAAUAUCACUACACUCAAGAUGAUUGUUGUUAGUGGAGACACAUUGAUCUGCUGGCCUUCAGGGCUUAAAGAAAAUCCUGCCAUCAAAUUCAUUAAGCUAUAUGACAACAUGGUUGAUGAGAUAAUGGAGGGGGAUGAUGAGAUAUUGGAAACAAGACAAGACCAUCACAAAGAAUUUCUGCAGACAUACAUUGACACAGUGAAGGACAGAGAAACUGCGCCAACAUACACCACCAAAGUGUCAUUCUCAUGCUGUCUGUAAUGGAGAUUCAGAUGACCAGAAGAAAACGGACAACCAUGCUGCUGUGCAUGCAUUGCAUAUCAAUCCUCUGAACACUUGUAAACAGUGGCCGAGUUCCAGGCUGACUACAUUGCAGAUUCAUGCCAAAACUCACAUCACCUGGAUAGAUGUUUAACACAGGGGCGUAGGCAUGUAAUGCUCUUUACUUGUCAGUGUUCCAAACGGGAUAUUAUUUACCUAAACAUACAAACACCAUCAGAWAGAAUUCAUAGCAAGCAGUGCAUUGGGUUAGUCAGAUUUGAGUAAAUAUAACAGAAGAGAUGAACUGGAAUGACAUUCACUCUCAUGGGAUGGGUUGCCAAAAAUAACUAACUGGAAACCACACUCCCAAUAAUUCACGAAUAUGACUGCAAUGCAGCUUAUAUCCUUGUGCUUCUAUGCCACUGCCUAUUUCAUUUGUUCAUUUAGCAAACAAGACAGCUCAUAUUCCAGUGCCUUUUAUCAAAGUCAACCACCUAAAUUUGAUUUUUAAUUAGCUAUAAAAUUGCAGGAAAUUAGCUUUAAAACAGUAACAUUUUCUCUCAGCCUCAUGGCAAAACAUAUAGAAUAGCAU